CCAACCUUAUAAUCUAGCCGUUACAAGCACCGCAUAUUUUGCUUACCUGGCUAUCCCAAAUUCAAAAACCCACCAAAUCCCUCUUUAUUAUAGCAUACAAAAACAAUUCGACCGUUGUUGCUUCUCUAUUCCCUUUCACCAAAACUACAACAAAUCACACUAACUGUUUCAGAGUGACGACGACAACAGCGAUAAUGUCUAUUCAGUUCGAAUUCAAGGAGGAAGAUAUGGCUAUUGACGAGGGAAUUGGGUACCCAAAAGCCUAUGCAAAGCUGUGUAGAGAUCGUGGAGCUGCUGGUUCUUACAGCCAUGGCCCUCCCUUCACUUUUAUUCCAUUUGCAAUGCAACACCAUGAGAUUAUGAGAGCAAAGCAAUUAGAACAAAUGUUCCCAAUUAUUGAUCCAAAAGCAAAGCCAACAGCCAAGCCCAAGAUCUUUUUCAAUCUCUUGUGGAAGCAACUCAAUCACUUGGGGAAUGCUGGUUUCGAUCCUGCAGUAAUUCGAGUUGAUCCAUAUGGAAAUGUUCUGUAUUUGCAUGCUGAUAAGGCCUCUCCUCUUGCAUGGGACAUUGACCAUUGGUUUCCUUGCCAAAGGGGAGGAUUAACUGUUCCAAGUAAUCUGAGGAUACUACAAUGGCAAGUGUGUAAGAAAAAGCAUAACAAGUUAGAAUUUCUCAUUCCAUGGUGGGAUCUUCAGUUGGGAAUUUCAGUUAAUCAGUUUAUCUCCAUAUUUGCUUCUUCGAAUUCAGAUUUCAGGCAUAGGGCAUUUUCAUUUUUAUUUCCAGAGGGAGAAAAUGAAGAAUUAAAUGCUUCACAGACUGUGGAAUCACAUUCAUUUCCACAACAUUUUAUUGAAUCAAAAGAGCAACUAGGCCUUGCUCCAGCCGCCCUUGUUUUAUCUCGAAGAGAGUCUUAUGAUUCUACAUUGGCUUUGAGAUCACUGGAUUACAAUAGGCAGAUAAGGCCACAUUCUCCUGCAAUUGCUGCUAAAAAAGUAAAGCCUUGUGAUUUGAAAGAAAAUGAGAACCCAGACUUCGUUUCAAAUCCAUAUCAAGCCAUUGUCAUGGCCAGGGACUCUCUGAAGCAAAGGGAGGAGGCUCAUAAGAUGCAAACUGAAAUACAGAAAUUGGAUGAGGAAGUUAAUGAGAUGAGGCAAAAGAACGACGAGGAAAAGCUUGCUAUUCAGGACUUGGAGUUGGCACUCGUAAAGCGUAGAAGAAGGGCAGAAAAGUGCAGGCGUCUAGCAGAGGCGCAAUCUUCAUAUAGGACUAUGCUAGAGAAAAUGAUUAGAGAUGCUAUGCACCAGAGUGUUGUUUAUAAGGAACAAAUAAGACUAAACCAGGCUGCAAGUAAUGCACUCAUGGCAAGGCUGGAAGCUCAAAAAGCAAUUUGUGAUAACUCAGAGAAAGAACUUCACAAGAAAUUCAAACAAAGAGAUGAACUUGAGAAACAGAUUAGGCCUGAAUGGGGACAUGCAAGAAAGAGAUCAAGAAUGGAUGAUACCUUAGUUGAAGACAGAGACCAUAAAGCUAUUCUUUAUUUGCCAGGAACAGGAUCCAGGCCAAGAACACCUCUGCACAAGGAGCUCAGAGUAUUUCUAGAGGAGGAACAGAAAGCAUCUGAAGAAGCUGCCUUAUCUGCCAGUGAAGUUGGGAAGCAUGAAGCAAUCGAAGAGGAACUCGAAAAACAUGCAAAAAGAAUCAUUAGAGAGGAUCCUGAUAAGCAUAACAAAUUGAUUAUUGCCUUGGAGAACGAAAUCUCGAUCGAGCAUAAGCUUCAAGCAUUAGAGAUAGGAGACCGGAAGAGAGACAAAUUUCAGUUCCCACUUAAUAGAGAACAAGAAAUAGAGGAAGAUGAAGAGAGCAGGAAACAACGUGGAAAAGGAAAUGUAGAAAGGUGGCUACAAAUGCUGCUAGAGAACUCUCAAGUUGAGAUUGAACCUGACAACUCAAACAGCCUUGAAAAGUGCAGGAACGAUGAUAUAAUCACAAAGCUGAAUCAAAAGUUCCCACAGCAGGAGACCAGGAGUUCAAAGUAUCCAGGAUUUGACAAUAGCAAGGCUUUAAUGCAUGUUCCUCGGAAAAAUCAGCCAACAAUAAUCCAAGAGAAGGACAAAGGAAAGAAGAUAGAAGAAAUCGAUGAGCUAGUAGAAGCAAACAAAACACUGAUUUGUAAAGAAAAUUCAAGCGAAGCAGGUGUUGAAGGGAUUGAAAGUAAGGACUUUGAAGGGAAAGAAAAGAUAGAGACUAGAAAAGAAAGAAUGCUUGUGAGGUCCGAAAGUGCCAGAACCUUGCGGCGUAUCCCAUCUUCUCCUUUAAUCCUGGGUAUGAGAAAGGGAGUGGAGUGCAUGAUAAAGCGGCCGAUGGUUACUGGUGAUGACGACCUCUAUGAGGAGCAUGCUGCAGGAAACAGCUUCAUCAAGUCAUCCAUCAAGACUAUCAAGAAAGCAGUGAAAAUCUGAGACUCGAGGUUCAUAUGUUCAAUGUUAAUGAUGUGUAUAAUAUCUACAAUAUUUCAUUUUCUUUAUUCUUUUUUCAAUUCUUUUAUAGUGUGUCAUGGCUGCAUAAUUUUGUAACAUAUACUGUCUAUUAUUCUACUUAUAUUUGUGUGUGAGAUUGCUUCUGGUGAGAGAUGUAAUAACAGCUUGUUGUUAGCUUGAUUUCCUUUAUUUUCCA